CUCGUCCCCCCGCUUCGGGCCGGUGUCCCGGUGCGGCACCCGCGACAACGGCCGCGCGGCGUGCCUAGCCCCCGGCUGCCCAAGCCGAGCCGCUAGCAAAGGGCAGCUCGCUGGGGAAAGGGCAGCUAUUUGAGACGGCGCAGCCUGUUCCAGUUGAAUUGGAUCUAGGAAUAUUUUUAUCAGCUGCUCCACGGUUUCCCUGCUGUGGUUUUGAUGUCGAGUGAAAUUUUAUUUAGAAAAACGAAAAAAACCUUUAUGAUUUUUAACCAUCGUCUUGAACUUCUUGAGGUUUUAAAAUCUGAAAAAUGAAAUGUAAGGAGGGACUGGAGUAUUCUUUUUUUUAAGUGUUAAUACACCAGCAGCAGCACUUGCAAGUUUGUGAGUGUCCAUGAAACAGGUGACAGUAUUUUCUGUAUGGUCCGUGUUGCGUUACCUGCAGUGGGGUUCCAAAAAUAGUUGCUGGUGUUUUUUUUUGUUUACUUUUUCUUCCUCAAACGGAUCGAAUGAGUCGUGUCUGUAUUGUUGUUUUGGAGGAGGUGGAAGAUGAUUCUCCCACAUUUAUUUCCAAAUUACCUCAGGAAAAUACAUCUUUACGUCCCUCGCCCUCUGGAAGUGUGCUGCCACCUUUGGUUCAAGCUAUAUUUAAUGGAGAUCCUGAUGAAGUUCGAGCACUAAUAUUUAAGAAAGAAGAUGUUAAUUUUCAGGAUAAUGAGAAAAGGACCCCUUUACAUGCUGCUGCCUAUCUGGGAGAUGCAGAAAUUAUUGAACUACUUAUUUUAUCUGGAGCUAGAGUUAAUGCCAAAGACAGCAAAUGGUUGACACCUUUACACAGAGCAGUGGCAUCUUGUAGCGAGGAUGCCGUUCAGGUGUUGUUAAAGCAUUCAGCGGAUGUCAAUGCUCGUGAUAAAAACUGGCAGACACCUCUACAUAUAGCAGCUGCAAAUAAAGCUGUGAAAUGUGCUGAAGCUUUGGUGCCUCUCCUAAGUAAUGUAAACGUGUCUGAUCGAGCAGGUAGAACGGCAUUACAUCAUGCUGCCUUCAGUGGACAUGUUGAGAUGGUCAGCUUAUUGUUGUCUAGAGGGGCCAAUAUUAAUGCAUUUGACAAGAAAGACAGACGAGCUAUACAUUGGGCAGCCUAUAUGGGUCACAUUGAAGUUGUGAAACUACUUGUGGCCCAUGGAGCUGAAGUAACAUGCAAAGACAAGAAAUCGUAUACACCCUUGCAUGCUGCAGCAUCUAGUGGGAUGAUCAGUGUAGUCAAAUAUCUUCUAGAUCUUGGAGUUGAUAUGAAUGAACCAAAUGCCUAUGGAAAUACUCCCCUACACGUAGCUUGCUACAAUGGGCAAGAUGUUGUAGUGAAUGAACUCAUAGACUGCGGUGCUAAUGUAAAUCAAAUGAAUGAGAAAGGUUUUACACCUUUGCACUUUGCUGCUGCAUCAACACAUGGAGCGUUGUGUUUAGAACUUUUGGUCUGCAAUGGAGCAGAUGUAAAUAUGAAGAGUAAAGAUGGGAAGACACCUUUGCACAUGACAGCAAUCCAUGGUAGAUUUUCAAGAUCUCAGACCAUCAUUCAAAACGGAGCAGAAAUAGACUGUGAAGAUAAGAAUGGAAAUACUCCUUUGCACAUAGCAGCUAGAUAUGGCCAUGAGCUAUUAAUCAACACACUGAUUACAAGUGGUGCUGACACUGCAAAGCGGGGUAUACAUGGGAUGUUUCCUCUCCAUUUGGCAGCAUUAAGUGGAUUUUCAGACUGCUGCAGAAAGCUGCUUUCAUCAGGUUUUGACAUAGACACACCAGAUGACUUUGGCAGGACUUGUCUUCAUGCAGCUGCAGCUGGAGGGAAUUUGGAGUGCCUAAACCUUCUGCUCAAUACUGGUGCGGAUUUCAACAAAAAGGACAGAUUUGGGAGAACUCCACUCCAUUAUGCUGCUGCCAAUUGUAAUUAUCAGUGCCUGUUUGCCCUUGUGGGAUCUGGAGCUAGUGUGAAUGACCUUGAUGAGAGGGGUUGUACACCUCUACACUAUGCAGCUGCAUCAGACACAGACGGAAAGUGCCUGGAAUAUUUGCUAAGAAACGAUGCCAAUCCUGGGAUCCGAGACAAACAAGGAUACAAUGCAGUUCAUUAUUCUGCUGCUUAUGGUCAUCGCUUAUGUCUUGAAUUGAUUGCAAGUGAAACGCCUCUAGAUGUUCUAAUGGAAACAUCAGGUACUGACAUGCUGAACGAUUCAGACAACAGAGCACCCAUAAGUCCACUGCACUUAGCUGCCUAUCAUGGUCACCAUCAAGCUCUGGAAGUGCUGGUACAGUCUUUACUGGACCUUGAUGUGAGGAACAAUAAUGGAAGGACACCAUUGGAUCUUGCUGCCUUUAAGGGACAUGUGGAAUGUGUAGACGUACUCAUUAAUCAGGGAGCAUCAAUCUUGGUGAAAGAUUAUGUUGUAAAGAGAACCCCAAUACAUGCUGCAGCUACAAAUGGUCACUCAGAAUGUUUGCGACUAUUGAUAGGAAAUGCAGAACCACAAAAUGCAGUAGACAUUCAAGAUGGAAAUGGACAGACUCCUCUAAUGCUGUCAGUUCUUAAUGGGCACACAGACUGCGUUUAUUCACUCCUUAACAAAGGAGCAAAUGUAGAUGCCAAAGAUAAGUGGGGAAGGACAGCAUUACAUAGAGGGGCAGUUACUGGGCAUGAGGAAUGUGUGGAAGCAUUGCUCCAGCACGGUGCUAAGUCCUUGUUACGAGACUGUAGGGGGCGAACCCCUAUACACUUGUCAGCUGCCUGUGGACAUAUCGGUGUUCUGGGAGCCCUCUUGCAGUCAGCUACAUCUGCGGAUGCAGUGCCUGCGAUGGCAGACAAUCACGGCUAUACGUCACUGCACUGGGCCUGUUACAACGGUCAUGACAGUUGUGUAGAGCUCCUGCUGGAACAGGAAGUUUUCCAGAAAUUGGAAGGAAAUUCUUUCAGUCCAUUGCAUUGUGCUGUGAUAAAUGAUAAUGAAGGUGCUGCAGAAAUGUUAAUUGAUACACUAGGUGCUGGUAUUGUAAAUUCAACAGAUUCAAAAGGAAGAACUCCUCUUCAUGCAGCAGCUUUUACAGAUCAUGUUGAGUGUCUACAGCUUCUGCUCAGUCAUAAUGCUCAAGUAAAUGCAGUAGAUGCUUCUGGGAAAACACCUUUAAUGAUGGCUGCAGAAAAUGGACAGACAAAUACAGUUGAGGUGCUGGUUAGCAGUGCUAAGGCUGAUCUGACUUUGCAAGACAAUUCUAAGAACACAGCACUCCACUUGGCUUGCAGCAAGGGUCAUGAGACUAGUGCCUUGUUAAUACUGGAGAAGAUUACGGAUAGAAACCUCAUUAAUGCCACCAAUGCAGCCUUGCAAACACCUCUGCAUGUUGCUGCUCGGAAUGGACUAACUGUUGUAGUUCAAGAACUUCUAGGGAAGGGAGCAAGUGUACUUGCAGUAGAUGAAAAUGGUUACACACCAGCUUUGGCCUGUGCACCCAAUAAGGAUGUGGCUGAUUGCCUAGCUCUCAUUCUGGCCACGAUGAUGCCUGUUUCAUCAAGCAGCACAUUACCUUCCCUUACAUUCAAUGCCAUUAAUCAUUACACCAACACCUCAAAAACUGUCACCUUUGAUUCCUUGCCAAUCAUGAGGAGUGACCAUAGUUCUUACUGUAGUUUCAACAACAUUGGCAGGGAAGAUGGUUACCCAUAUACAGAAGAAGACGAACUCAAUGACUCAGAUUCUGAGACCUACUGAAAGCUACGUUUUGUAGGUCAGAAGAGCGAACCCUAACGCUGGAUGGUCAGGCUUGUGCUUUUGGGAAAAAAAGCAGUCAGAGUUUGAAUACAAAAACAGGACAGACCUUUGAGAAGAUGUUUUUUAUUGCGAUUGCAUAUGAAAAACCUGUGAGACUCUAAGAGAAUUUUUAAAAGAAUAUUUUGCAGAAGAAGCAUAAAUUCUUGAAUAAGUACUUGGAAUCCAUGGCAAAAAAGUAAAAUAAAGAAUGUUAAAACUGUUUUAUUUAAUUGUAUUCUACCAUUCUGUUUCUGGUGCCAGAAAGAAUUUCUGCAGUCUGGGCACCCUACUUGAUGUAAAUGAACAACACUAUUGUACAACCGAAAGGAUGCUAGAUUUAAGUAUUAUCAAUAAAACUAAAACCAUUUUGAAGGCAAUAAAUGAGUUUGGUACAGUAGGCAUUGUUUGUGCUGCAAAUUGCCAAAGGACCAAAUAACUUAAGAUUUUUUUAAUUAAGUACCUUUUUUUUUUCUUUUUUGGAAACUGGAAAAGGUUAAUUGACAAUUUGUUUUAACCAAACCUUAACUACUUCUGGGAAAGAAGCUUAGAUUUGAUUUUAAAUGUUGGAUUUUUUUUUAAUCAUCUAAAAGCCUUCCAACACUAUUAAAUCUACCAUGAAAAAAGCAGAUGUAGUUUAAGUUUUGUUUUCUUUUUCUUUUAGAUGAAAUGAAAAUGAACUUGUCAUACUUUUAUAAUAUUAAACCAGCUAACAAGGUGGAGUCAGGGUGAAACAUGUACAGUGUAAUAAACAAGGGAAGGGGUGGGAAAUCUGGGAGGGAAGCAGUAAUUGUUGCACUGUUUUAGAUUUUUUUUUAACUUUUGGGUUUUGAAUUGAGCUUUUUUUAAUUUAAAAUACACAAGAGUAACUUGGAGUAUGAAACCGCAUAAAAUAUUGAAAAGUUGUGAUAAGCCUGUUGUGACUGAGAUCUUUUCAGCAAUUUGUCCACUUCCUUAUAUCAGAAAAUCAUACUUAGGAUUAAAUUUGUUUGUUCCCUAUCACUUUUUUUUUUAAUCCUGUUACAUGGGGUGGGGGAGGGGAGGUGAAUUUAAAAGUAAGUUUCCCUAUUAGAAAAAAGUACAGUGUCUGGUCUGUGGGAAGAGCUGUGUAUCUUUAUUGUGCUCCAUUUAGAAAAUAAACAGAAGAAACAGGUCCCUGUAAUGUAUUUCAGACUUGCCCGAAGAUUUUUUUUUUAAUUUAUAACAGACUACUGUGGUUUUUCAAUUGCCUGAAAAAUGAAAGACUGACAUAAGAAAACUGAGGUUUUGUCUGUUAAAUAUGAGUAUUUACUUUAUUUGGUUCUGCUUUAACUAUAACUGUUACUUUUCAAGUGAAAUUGUUCAUGUACAUGCAAGGAAUUCUUGCAUGUCUUGGUAAAGUACAAAUAAAUUACUACAAACUGA